GCUGCCCCGCCGGCGGCGCGGCGCCCAGUUCCUGUGCGUGCCCUCGGCCCGCCCGCCCUCCGCGACAUGUCGCUGGUGGCCGAGGCCUUCGUGACUCAGCUGGCCGCCGCAGAGCCUUGGCCUGAAAAUGCUGCAUUGUAUCAGCAACUGAAGGAGGAACAAAUUUUGCUUUCUGAUAAUGCAUCUUCCCUUGCUGUUCAGGCCUUUUUGCAAAUGUGCAAUCUGCCAGUCCGGGUGAUUUGCAGGGCAAACGCUGAGUACAUGUCCCCAUCUGGCAAAGUACCCUUUAUUCAUGUGGGAAAUCAAGUAGUAUCUGAACUUGGGCCCAUAGUCCAGUUUGUAAAAGCCAAGGGCCAUUCUCUCAGUGAUGGGUUGGAUGAAGUCCAAAAAGCUGAGAUGAAAGCCUACAUGGAACUGGUCAAUAAUAUGCUCUUGACAGCAGAGCUCUAUCUCCAGUGGUGUGAUGAUGUUACAGUAGAGGAGAUUACUCACCCAAGGUAUGGCUCUCCUUACCCGUGGCCUCUUAACCGCAUUUUGUCCUAUCAGAAGCAGUGGGAAGUCAGGCGAAAGAUGAAAGCCAUCGGAUGGGCUGGAAAGACACUUGAACAGGUGCUUGAAGAUGUAGAUCAGUGCUGUCAUGCUCUCUCCCAGAGAUUAGGAACACAACCAUAUUUCUUCAAUAAGCAUCCAACUGAAUUAGAUGCUCUGGUGUUUGGACAUCUAUUCACAAUCCUUACUACUCAACUAAUCACUGAUGAACUCUCUGAAAAAGUGAAGAACUACAGUAACCUCACAGCGUUUUGCCGGCGAAUAGAGCAGCAGUACUUUGAGGGUCAUGAGAAAGACAGCUCUACAAUUGCAGCCCGAUCUUCCAAGAGGCCCUUGCUGAGAUAAGCAUGGUGCUUGAGUUGGAUCACAUUGCAGUUUUGGGUUUAUCAUUGCUCAAUAAAUUGAUUUUGAGAAUGGAAAUGUGUGUUAGCUUUUUGAAGCUGCCAAAUCAUUCUGGAGCAAGAAAAAAUGUUAAAUACAGGUUUUGUGUUGUAGAAUAUACUGUGCACAUUUAAGCUGAAAUGUCUGUAUGAGUGUUUCCAUUUUAAUAGCCUGUAUGCCACCUACUGUAAAGUGACCUUGGGAAAAUAUUGUAUCUGUUUCAAAAAAUAAAACACUGAAAGUUGA